AUGGUCUACAUGGACCAGACAGACGCCUUUAGGUCCCUCGUAGCAGAGGGUUCAAAGUCAGCCUCCUCGUCGCCCGCAUCGUCACGUCCCGGAAGCCGCGCCGCUUCUCGCACACGACAGCGCGACGAGCAGCAGAACAAGGCAAAGGACGAUGGCUUCCUCACAGAGGCAUACCAGAUUCAUGGCCACCUUGCCGACCUCGGUCGCAUGCUCAAGACAAUACGCAAACCCUACCUCUCCACGACCGAGCCUCCACCAUUGUCCCGCCGCUCACGCACCGCCGCCGCUGCUGGAGACGAUGACGAGCUCAAGCGGUUCGAGGGAACAAAGUAUCUCUCCGAGAGGGAACGAGACGAGAUUGACGUGCGCGCCAAAAUGAUCUUGCGGCGAUGCAAGGAGCGCGUGGGACUCCUCGAGGACGCCGAGAAGAUCCGUAAAGCAACCGUGCAGCCGCCAACCCCGGCCAUCUUCAACUUUCUCCCCUCGCUCGCGCCGGCGCCCGUCGACUCGUCUGGACCGCUGCUCACCGCCCACCGCGCGAGCAUUGUCUGGACGCUCACCAACAUGCUGGCCAAGCUGAGCCAGACCCAGACGGACAUGCAAGAAGAGCGCGCCAAGCGCCGCGCAGAGCGCAGCCGCACCCUCGGCGGUGGCGCAGCGCGCGAAGCUGCAGCCAUGCAGGUGACGGCGGACCGUGGCGCACGCUCCGGGGCCGGGUCCGGUGUGCCCACACCCAUCAUGGCAGUGCCGGCCGCCGCGCUCUCGAUCAUGCCCGAGGACGAGCCGCCCAUCGACCAGCAACUGUCUGCCGAGCAGCUGCAGCAGUUUGAGUCGGAGAACAAUGCCCUCCUGGAACACAUGGAGAGCCAGCUCAGCUCAGUCCUGGCAGCUGAGAAGAGCCUGUUAGAGAUUUCGUCGCUCCAGACCGAACUGGUGCGCCACCUGGUUCAGCAGACCGAGAUCACAGACAAGCUGUACGACGAGGCCGUGGGCAGUGUCGCCGAGAUGGGCAAGGCAAACACACAGCUCAAGCAGGCAAAGGAGCGCAGCGGCGAGGCGAGGCUGUACCUCCUCGUCUUCCUCAUCGGCGCCAGCAUGGCCCUCCUCUUCCUCGACUGGUAUGCCUAA